UGCUGUUGAUUGGUACAAAAGUAAAUGGGGCGCGGGCAUGGUUUGGCAUGGGAGGCUUUGGUUUUCAGCCCUCUGAGUUGGCAAAAUUUGGCACUUCGCUUGCUUUGAGCAGUUAUUUGAGUUCAUUUAAUGUUCGGUUAGAUACACUCCGGUCGCAGUUGAUGUCGAUAGCAUUGUUUUUAUUGCCAGUAAUCUUAAUUUUACUACAGCCUGAUAUGGGUUCGGCUUUGCACGUCCUCCAAAAACAUCAGCAAGAGCGGAUUAAAGUGUGGCUAAAACCUGAAGAAUGUGACCCGCGCGGCUCGCUCUACAACGUGUUGCAGUCUAAAAUGGCAAUAGGUUCGGGUGGUUUGGAAGGCAAAGGUUUUUUGCAAGGCACAAUGACAAAGCUGAACUAUGUGCCCGAGCAAUCUACAGAUUUCAUUUUUUGUACUAUAGGCGAAGAACAGGGUUUUAUAGGUUCAUUUAGUAUAAUUGCUUUGUUUUUAUUGCUUUUAUAUCGUUUGGUCACAUUGGCCGAACGACAACGUACCAAUUUUGCCCGUCAUUAUGCGUAUUGUAUUGCAGGUAUUAUUUUCGUACAUUUUUUGAUAAAUAUUGGCAUGACGAUGGGGGUUUUGCCUACUAUAGGUAUUCCGUUGCCAUUUAUUAGUUAUGGCGGCUCGUCGUUGAUAGGUUUUACCAUUAUGUUG